AUGGGUAACGAAGAGUCAACACUGAUGGAUGGGAAUCAUGCCCCUGUAUUGGAAGCUCCUACUGUCGAUGCCUUGGUCAAAUACAUCAAGGAACAGAAUGUCAAGCAUGUUGUGGUGAUGGUUGGAGCUGGAAUCAGCACAUCAGCUGGAAUCCCCGACUUUCGAUCCCCUGAUACAGGAAUCUACGCCAACUUGGCUUUUUUGGAUCUUGAAGAACCAGAGGAUAUCUUUGACAUCGACUUUUUCAGACAGAACCCAAAGCCCUUCUACGCAUUAGCACGAGAGUUGUAUCCAGGACAAUAUCGCCCCACUAUCGCACAUUCUUUUGUCAAGCUGCUCCAUGAUAAGGGCAUGUUGUUGAAGCACUUUACACAGAAUAUCGACUGCCUGGAGCGCCAAGCCGGUGUUCCUACCGAGAAGAUUAUUGAAGCUCACGGUAGCUUUGCUACUCAGCGCUGCAUCGAUUGCAAAGUGGAAUAUCCAGAUGAUAAGAUGAAAGAUUUUGUCGCCAAGGGUGAGGUGCCACACUGCUUGGAAUGUAAUGGCCUGGUCAAGCCCGACAUUGUGUUCUUCGGAGAAGCCCUGCCUGAAGAAUUCCACCUUAACAGCCAACUGCCAUCAUCAGCAGACCUUUGCAUCGUUAUGGGAACUAGCUUAACUGUGCACCCAUUCGCUGCCUUGCCUCAGCGGUGCAGUCCAGGUACCCCCCGUCUACUGAUCAAUAUGCAAAAGGUUGGAUGUAUGGGAACCCGACCGGAUGAUGUGUCACUACUGGGAGAUAUCGAUGAAGGAGUACGCAAGUUCGCACGGGCACUGGGAUGGGAAGAGGAGUUGGAAGCAGUCUGGGAGGAGACUAACCCAGAUCCCAAAGAUCGCGAGGCGGAGAAUGCUUCCCCACAAACUCGGGAUGAGCGUCUCCACGAUGAAGUUGACCGAUUGACUGCGGAGGUCGAUCGCACAUUGGGAUUGUCAAGCGCAUACGAACAGCGAGUUCGGGAGCGGCUAGGAGAGCUCAGUGUUGAUGAAACCAGCUCAUCUAGCUCAUCUAGCUCAUCUGAGGAGGGUCUUGCGCAUGUUUUUCCGCAUUUGGCGCAUAAAUCUCGGUAG